GGUGAUCAGCGCCGGCCUGAGUCCUUGCCGACAGCAGCCAGCCAUGAGCGCAGCGGUUGCCGCACCUCCAGCCCCGGCGGAAGUCAUCCCAUGGGAGCUGUUCAAAACAAAGAUGGACAAGGCGGGGCUCAGCGAAGCGGCACAGGGCGCCUUCAAGCUCAACUACGAGCAGCUCGUGCGCGGCGUGACGGGCCUGGUGCCGGAUAGGGACAUCGACUCCGUGCAGGAGCUGCCACGGCUGGAGGCCCUCAAAGCGUCGGCAGAGGAGGGGGCAGACAUCAAGGCAUGCCGCCGCCGCUGCUGCCGCGGCUGCCUGCACCCGGCAGACGUCCCUGGCCUGCUGCCUCCCGCCUGCUGCGCGGACCUGCUGAAGCAGACGGCGGUGCUGAAGCUCAACGGCGGGCUGGGCACCAGCAUGGGGUUGGAGAAGGCCAAGUCGCUGCUGGAGGUGAAGGGCGGGAAGACCUUCCUGGACCUGAUCGCAGAGCAGAUCAAGUACACUCGGCAGAAGUACGACUCCAAGGUCCGCUUUGUGCUGAUGAACAGCUUCAGCACCAGCGCAGACACCAAGGCGUACCUGCGCAAGUCGCACUCAGACCUGCUGGAGGAGCGGGAUGUGGAGUUGAUGCAGAACAUGAGCUGCAAGGUGGAUGCCGCCACGCUGAAGCCGGCUGAGUACUCUGAGCACCCAGACAUGGAGUGGUGCCCACCCGGCCACGGCGACAUCUAUCCUUCCCUGCUGGGCAGCGGCAUGCUGGACCGUCUGAUCGACGACGGCAUCACCUACCUGUUUGUGAGCAACAGUGACAACCUGGGGGCCACGCUGGACCUGGACCUGCUGGCGUACUUUGCGGGCAGCGACAAGGGGUUCAUGAUGGAGGCGAGUGGGGUGUGCGAGCGGGAGGUGAGCGACAAGAAGGGCGGGCACCUGGCGCGGCGCAAGAAGGACGGGCGGCUGAUGCUGCGUGAAAGUGCAAUGUGUCCAGACGAGGACAAGUCGCUGUUUGAGGACAUCACGCUCCACAAGUUCUUCAACACCAACAACCUGUGGGUCAACCUGCGCAAGCUCAAGGCAACCUUGGACGCCAGCGACGGCGUGCUGCAGCUGCCGCUGAUCAAGAACAAGAAGACGGUCAACCCGCGCGACUCCUCCACCCCACCCGUCUUCCAGCUGGAAACGGCCAUGGGAUCUGCCAUCGAGUGCUUCGACGACGCGGGCGCGGUGGUGGUGCCCCGCUCCCGCUUCGCGCCUGUCAAGACCUGCAACGACCUGUUUGCGCUGCGCUCGGAUGCAUACAAGGUGACUGAGGAAAGCACGGUGGUGCUGGCGGCACCUUCCCCGCCGCUCAUUAAGCUGGACGACAAGCACUACAAGCUGGUGGACCAGCUGGAGGCUCUGGCGCCCGAGGUGCCCUCCCUGUACCAUUGCAAGUCUCUGACAGUCAAGGGUCCCGUCAGGUUCCUGGCAGGGGUGGCCAUCCGCGGGGAUGUCACCCUCACAAACAUCACCGAGACGCCUGUGGAGCUGCGCGGCCGCACCUUUGAGGACGUGUCUCUGGAGGUGUGA